GGAAAGAAGGAUUUAGCGCGUCGUGAGAGGAAGUUCCAUUGAAGACAGGAGAAGAACUUCAAGAAGCCAUCGUUUAGGGCCGAUCGGCGAUUACCGAUUUAUAUCUUUUCCAGCUAAAAGAUCUGCAGAGUAAUAAAUUCUGGAGCGUUGGUAGCUGGAGUUUUGAUUCUCCGUUUAUUUAUUUAGAUAUUUCUUUCGUUUCCAUUGCGGAAGCAAAAAGAUACAUUUCCCGAUGAGAUGCUUCGUGACCACUGUGGUGUGGAUGUAUAUAUUUUCUAUAUUCGGCUACGCAUUUUCCCAUCCGAAUCAGUAUGAAUCCGAGUCAACCUGCCCCCGCAGUCAUCACUCUCCCGCGUUUCUGCACGAGCUGAAUUUCCAGAGCUCUCUUCCGAUCUCAAGUCCAUCUUUGCCAAUCGAGAUGGAUGGAGAUUUUCUUGACAAGGCCUUGAACUCUAGUCAAAAGAACGUACAUACUGCUGUUUUAUUCUAUGCGGCAUGGUGUCCUUUCUCUAGUGAUGCAAGACAAACUUUUUACACUCUUAGCUCCAUGUUUCCACAGAUCAAGCAUGUAAUGGUUGAAAAAUCUGCAACAAUGCCAAGUGUUUUCUCAAGGUAUGCUAUCCACAGCUUGCCUUCAAUUUUGAUUGUUAAUCACACUAAAGUGUUGCGGUAUCAUGGCCAGAAAGAUCUGCACUCGCUUGUGAGAUACUACCAGGAAUCUACAGGGUUUCAUCCAAUCAUUAAUUUGAAUGAGAAUCAAAAGCAUGUAGAGAAAGCACCAGAAAAUUCCAUGAUAUGGACCAGAACCUCUCUGCAAGAAACGUUCAGAACAGACCCAUACUUGGUGCUUUCAGUUGCAUUUGUCCUAUUAAGGGCUAUAUUAUACUUCUUCCCGGGGAUGGCAUCUCAUGCCAUGGCAUUGUGGGCUGCAUAUGCUCCUCAUCUCAACAUUGCCAUUUUUGGAGGGUCGAGGCAGCUUCUGGGGCACGUCCUCCACUUGAUUGAUGUCAAGAGGAUAUGCAGCAGGCUAAAGCUGUGCAAAAAUGGCAACUUUCACCAAGGGGCUCGGAGUGCCCGAGUUUGGGCUUCAUCCCUCACUUCUGUUUCACUUGGGGAAGCCUCCUCGUGAACUCGUGAAGAUUGACUGUCCCCUUCUCUGGUUAAAGACUUGCAAACAAGCAGUGGAGCAGGAGCUGCCUCGGCCGGCUAUUGAAGAAUUGAGAAUCUGAAAGAUCGCCGAAACCACGUUCUAAAGUAUGUAGGUUUUUUUGCCUUUUCAACUUCUUGUUAAUCAUUGUUGUGGGUCUGCUAAACCAUUUGUUUUCGAUAAAGCACUAGUACACGAAAUAUUCUGUUGUGAUUUGGAGUUGGAGACAUACCGCAGUCAUGUAAAUUUUUGAGAAAUCACUUCCGUGUAUAUUUUUACAAUCAUGGUAACAUACUCACAAACUUGCCACUAGGAUUGAACCUGGAGUAGAUCAUAAUGAGAACUGUGUUUCAAUGGACUAAUGCUGUCAUGUUUUCUUUGUUUUCCUUGUCAUUCAUUCCUAUGCUUGUUGGCAUUGUUGUGUGCAUCUUGUUUUGUGUCAUCUAGAAAUUGUGUGUGGUGCAGCCAGUCACUCCAAAAUUUUAACUUCAUCAAUCAUCAGUGACUUUUCUUUCUCACAAUCGCAACUAGUUUGUCUUUCUCAGGGAUUUGAGGCAUCAAAGAUGAAGGGCAUAAUGGAAUCUAAUUCUCGGACAAAGGCACUGUGUAACGUUCUGGCGCCAAAUAAGAAGUGUUAUAUUUUAUAUUUUGAUGUAUAAUCAAAGUGGUUACUUAUGUUAGACAUCCUGACGUGCAUGUGAAUUGUGAUGAAACUUUCGUAGUAUUAUCAUGUUAAAUUGUUAAUUAUGCUGAUUGAAUUGUGAUGGAUCUUUCUAAGCAAUAAUUAUGUUUUCCUAUG